AAGGUGAUUGGAAUUGGGUCUGAAGUGAGAAGUGUGCAUUAUUGUGUGGAUAUCAGAGGUCCAAGGCCUGGGGGAGGUAGGACUUCUUACCUGACGUGUGGCAGACGCCCAUGAAGCCGAGCAGCAGUCCAGUGGGCCACAGUGGUCCCAGCAUGACCACCUGCCCCCCCCACCGGGAAGUUGUUUGGGAAGAAAAGUCAGGUGAGACCUCCUGCCAGGUGAAGUCAUGUUCCAGACAUCUGUGCUCCCUGAAGGAAUGUGAGGGUCGAGUGGCGUCUUGUUGGCUCGCGGACUCAAAGGAAAUCCUGCCAACACUCGAAGGAACCUUCUUUCUUUCUGUCUUCCACUAAGACUUGGAUCCAACCUGUUGGACUUCUUUCAGCCGGACUACGCCCACAUCGUCACGCCAGGAACCAAUCAUCAUCUUUUCUCCAAAAUGCUCCCGUCCUCCGCUGGCCGCUCACUGUUAAAGACAACAGUUGAUUAGAUUCCCGUCUGAGGGUGCGCUGUCUCCAGCAGCCCAGACGGGGUCGCUGACCUUUACACCUGCAGUGUGCUAAUCACAACCUCCCCCCACAUACCUCCACCGGCAGACUUAGGCCGGGGCAUCGUCCGGGCCGCCCCAUCCAGUUUCCUUCCGCACCUGUUCACAAAGUCGCAUUAAUGGCACCUGGCCAACAUGGCGGCGUUGAGGAAGUUCCUCAUGCUACAGCGAGUUUUCCCGCUCCGCAGCAGCCUGAGGGGAGCUUCCACCUGCGGGCCCCCGGGAAUGAGCUGCCUUCCCCGGCCGGGAGGUUCUUCCGUGCCGCGGUGCAGCAGAGCCUUCGUCCUCUCCGGCUGCGCCCUCAAACACACACAAGACCCGACUGGACCUUUUACCGACCAAGAAGAGGACGAGGAUGAAGACUUCAUGGAGGAGCAGGAGGUGGAGGAUAUGUUCCAGCAGCUGCAGCCGGACAUAGUCGUCCCGGGAGCGGGGGGCCAUCACCGGGUGUUUGUGGUGCACCCUGACGUCAAGUGGGGGAGCAGAAAGCAACACCUGACCACAGCCGAGCUGAUGAUGGCGGAGGCGGUGGCCCUCAUCAACACGCUGGACAAGUGGACCGUAGUAGACCAGCUGGUCAUGUCCACUAAGACUCCGGAAAAGAAGAUGAUCUUCGGCAAAGGCAACUUCCAGACCCUUACAGACAGGAUCAGGAGGACGGCGGGCGUCACGGCGGUUUUUGUCAAUGUGGAGCGUCUCUCCUCGUCCUCGGAGAGGGAGUUUGAGGAGGCCUGGGGGGUGAAGGUGCUGGACAGGUACUCCGUGGUCCUCCACAUCUUCCGCUGCAACGCCAGAACCAAGGAGGCCAAGUUGCAGAUCUCUCUGGCCGAGAUCCCCCUGCUCAGGUCUCGUGUGAAGAAUGACUUCCUGAUGUUGGACCAGCAGGGCGGAGGCUCCAGAUACAUCGGAGGCUCAGGUGAGACCCAGAUGGAGAUCCAGCAGAGGCUUCUGAAGGAGCGGGAGAUGAAGAUCCGCUGUGCCCUGGACAAGCUGAAGAAGAGGAGGCACCUGCUGCGCGCCCGCAGGAGACACAAGGAGUUCCCCGUUGUGUCGGUGUUGGGCUACACCAACUGUGGUAAGACCACUCUCAUCAAGGCGCUGACGGGCGACCAGCAGCUGCAGCCCAGAGACCAGCUCUUUGCCACGCUGGACGUGACAGUCCACGCCGGUCAGCUGCCAGGCCGUGUGACUACGCUCUUUGUGGACACCAUCGGCUUCCUGUCACAGCUGCCACACCUACUCAUCGACUCCUUCUCCGCCACGCUGGAGGACAUCACACACUCGGACCUGCUGGUCCACGUCCGAGACAUCAGCCACCCUGAGACCACCAACCAGAAGGCCAACGUCCUGAACGUCUUGAAGAACCUGCAAGUCCCCGAGAGCCUCCUGAGCUCCAUGAUGGAAGUCCACAACAAGAUAGACCUGGUCCACAACUACGAGGCGACGGAGGCCGACGUCUUCCCCGUCUCCGCCCUGUGGGGGCGUGGCCUGGAGGCGCUGCGGGAGGCGGUGGAGGAGCGCGUGCUGAGAUCGACAGGGAAGCGCGUGCUAAGCCUGAAGGUGAAACUGGACACGCCUCAGCUCAGCUGGCUGUACAAGGAGGCCGUCGUGCAGGACGUGAGCGUGGACGCCGACGAGGGCUCGGCCGUGGUGGAGGUGGUCAUCAGCGCCGCCGCGUACGGACGCUACAGGAAGUGUUUUGUGGACGUGUAGCCAGGUACCACCUUUAAGGGUCACAACAUUAGGGACACUUUGAUGGAGAAGCGCGUUCUAAAAUGGAGUCACAUGACCAUUCGUCAUUUGCCACAAUCAAUAAAAAUAUCUACCAAAGUGAGAA